AUGGGUGACGAGACUACAGACGCCGACGCCGCCGCCCUCAAGGCCCGCCUGGACUCCCUCAUCAAGGACGCCCAGGAGGCUGAAGAGCGGGCAGUUGCUGCCCGUCGCCGCGCCACCACUGCUCGUGCCCUCCUGGAGGAGGAGGAGCGGAAGGCCGUCGCCCUGGAGACGGCUGCUACUACUGCCCGGCUGCUUGUGCCCGGUACUUCGUCCGGCACCGUCGUCACAUCGUCCUCGUCCUCGUCCUCGUCUUCCUACGAGGCCACCGUCGUCGCCGGUCUUCACCUACAGGCAGCAUCCGUCCUCAACGUUCGCUCUCUCGUGAACAUCGUCCUCGACUCCACCUCCGUCAACUAUGCCAGUUGGCGUGACCUCAUGAUGCUGGCACUGGAGCGCUACGCCCUCCUCGACCACAUCGACUCGGACGUCGCCUCGUCUACCGAUCCGGGCUGGCGCCGGAUGGACAGCAUCGUCCUCAACUGGAUCAGCAAUUCCAUCACCCCGGAGCUUCAUCAAGUCGUUCGGGAGCGUGGUGCCACCGCGCGCCACCUGUGGCUCGCUAUCGAGAACCAGUUUCUUGGUAACCACGAGCAGCGCACCCUUCAUCUUGACGCUGCUUUUCGUAACUUUGUCCAGGGCGAUCUCUCCGUGAGCGAGUACUGCCGCAAAUUCAAGAACAUGGCGGAUGCUCUGGCCGACCUCGGCUCGCCUGUCGACGAGCAGAUCCUCAUCCUCAAUAUCCUCCGCGGUCUGAACCGUCGGUUCGAGCACGUCGGCGCCAUCAUUCGGCGCUACUCUCCGUUCCCGUCUUUCCUAAAGGCGCGGGACGACUUGAUCCUGGAGGAGCUCCACAUGGGCAGCGUGGGUCCCUCUGCUGAUGCUACGGCGCUUUACUCCGGUUCUGCUGACAAGCUGCCUUCCUCCGCACCCGGACCUCCGUCCCGCUCCGGCGGUACCGGCAGGAAGGGCAAGAACAAGAAGGCCGCCGGCGGUGGUGGCGGUCGCGGUGGUCCCUCCGGCCACUCCACUUCGACUCCUCCCGCUCCCUCCGGCCCCGACGGCAAGGCGCCCUCCUCUGGGCCGACUUACGUCAACCCAUGGCAGGGCCACUUCGCGAUGUACCCCGGCCCGCUUCCAGGCAACCUUCAGCGCCCGCAGGUCCUGAUGGCUGCGCCAGACUACUACAUGCCCCCAGGCUACAUGCCUGGGCCACAGCAGCAGGCGGCGCACCCCUCUUUGGCUCUCGCCGGAGGUUCGGCAGGUGGUCCGGCAGGAGGUCCGGUCUCUUGGUCACCGUGGACUGGUCCGGGCUGGGACCAGCAGUCACUAGCCAACUCCUUCAGCACCAUGGCGCUUACUCCGCCGUCCACUUCUACCCAGGACUGGGUGGCCGAUUCUGGUGCUUCGCAUCACUCCACUCCUUCAGCUGGUAAUAUCUUCCACACCCGUCCUUUGACAUCUUCCAGUCCUUCAUCCAUCAUUGUAGGUAAUGGCUCCACUCUCCCGGUCGCCUCAGAUCUCACUACCAAGAACGUGAUCGUCAGGUCGAAUAGCACCGGCCCGCUGUACACGAUGCGUCUUCCCAGCUCCUUCCAGACUCCACCUGCUACCAGUCAAGGUGCUUCCGGAUCUUCGUCUGCGGCGUUGGAGCAGCAAGCUCUUCGGAUUGGACAAGGCAGCGCCCCCUCUGCUCCUUCGGUAGCCGGCACUUCGGAGACUCCCGCAGUACCUGAUUCUCAAAAUGUUGUGUCUGGCGUCGCGGAGGUGCCAGAUUCGAGCCCUGUGUAG